AUGAGACAAAAUGACACUGCGCUGCAGAAACAGCAAAAAUAUAUGGAGGAAGAGGUAGAUGAUAAUAAGUGGAAAAUUAAACAUCUGGAAGAACUAUUAAACAGAAAAGAGAAUGAGAUGACGCAAAUAAUUCACAAAAAUGAAAUUUUAGAAAAAAAGCUAAUGGAAAACUACAAAAGUAUCCCUGAACGGGAUCAAACUUUGAAGAAUCUUGAUCUGACAGUGAAAGAGCUUGAGAAAAUUAUUAAUAAUCGUGAUCUGACAGUGAAAGAUCUUGAGGAAAAGUUACAAAAAAUGAGAACUGAAAUCAGAGAUGAAAGUGAAAGCCUUGUAACUGAGGUGAAGGAUAAAGAUCAGCAGUUGUCUAAGCAGGCGGCUAGACUGCAACAAAUCUUAAAUCAGUUACACGAAAAAGAGUCCGAAUUAGGUGGAACUAUUUCUUUACUGAAGAGACAAAUACAAGGAAAGGAUGACCACAUAUCUAAACUGAAACAAGCUCUGAAACUGUUAGGUGACAGAGAAUCUGAAAUGAAAGAAAUCGACACUUCGCUGAGGACGAAACUUGAAUAUCUCGAGAAGGAAUUGGAAAGCCGUGAGCGGGAGGUAGAAACACAUUUAGAGGACAUGUUAAACAGUAAAACGGCAGAAAUUACUAAAAUGAGUGCUCAAAAUGAAUAUCUAGAAAACAAGUUAAAAGAAAAAGACGAACUGAUUGAUCAGCGGGAUCGCGUCUUGAAGGAACAGCAAGAAGCAGAGACUGAGUUGUGUGGAAUUAUAACUUCACUACAGAAGAAGAAUGAGGAUCUUGAAACAGAUAUAAACGAUCGUGAUUUGACAGUAAAAGAUCUUGAAAAAAGGUUAGAAAGAAUGAGGAUGGAAAUUAGUGGUGGAAAUGAACGUCUUAUACUGGCGAUGACGGAAAAAGAUAAGCAGAUAUCUAAACAGGCGGCUAAACUGCAACAUGCCUUAAAUCAAUUGCACGAAACAGAGGCCGAGUUAGGUGGAAUUAUUACUUCACUAAAGAAACAAAUUCAGGGAAAAGAUGACCAGAUAUCUAAACUUGGAGAUCAGUUGAAACAAACUUUGGAACUGUUAGAUGACAAAGAAUCUGAAGUGAAAGAAAUUGACGCUACUCUGAGAAAGAAAAUUGAAUAUCUUCAGGAGGAGUUGGAACGCCGUGAGCGGAAGGCAGAAACAAAUUUACAGGAAAUGUUAAACAGAAAAACGGCAGAAAUUACUAAAAUGAGAGCAGAAACUGAUCUUCUAGAAAUAAAAUUGAAGGAAAACGACAAACAGAGUGAUCAACGGGAUCGAAUUUUGAGACUGCAAAAAGCGGAGACUGAAUGCAGUAGAAUUAUAAAUUCACUGCAGGAAAAGAACCACGGUCUUGAUACGGAUAUCAAGGGUCGUGAUAAGAAACUUAAAGAUCUUGAAGAAAAAAAUGCAAACAUGAAGACUGAAAGUAGAGUUGAAAAUGAACGGCUUAUAAUGGAGGUGAUGGAAAAAGAUAAGCAGAUAUCUGAACAGACGCUUCGUCUGGAACAAGCUUUAAGUCAGUUUCAUGUAAAAGAGACCAAAUUAGGUGAAACUAUCAUUUUACUAAGAACAGAAAGUCAGGCAAAAGACGGCCUUUUAUCUGAACUGAGAGAUCAGUUGAAACAAACUCUAGAAAAGCUGGAUGCAAGAGAUUCUGAAUUAAAAGAAAUUGAAACUUCCCUUCAGGAGAUGGAACGCCAGAAACGGAAAGCAGAAAUACAUUUAAAGGAAAUGCUUAAAAAUACAAACGUAGAAAAAUCUAAUGUGAGGAAAAGAAAUGAAACUCUAGAAAACAAGGUGAUGGAAAAAGAUAAACAGUUAAUCGAACAGAGAGAUCAGUUGCGACAGACUGUUAAACAAAUGAAUGAAACACAAGAUAAAUUAGAUGGAGUUAUUACUUCGCAAAAGAAGAAAAUUCAGCAUCUUCAGAGAGAGGUUGAACGACGUGAUCUUAAAAUAAACGAUAUAGAGAAACUUUUACAUAGUACAAAGACUGAAAACAGAGGAAAUCAGCAGAGUGAAGCUGUAAUAGAAAAAGAAGUUAAGAUAGCAGAGCUGAAAAACCAGUUGCAAAAGACUUUGACAACAUUGCAAGAUACAGAGGCUGAACUAGACGAAACUAAAACAAGGCUCAGUAAAGCUAUGGGAGACAGACUGACUGAUAACAACCCAAAUAUUACGGACUUAAGCGACAAAAAUCGCCCUACAAAACUCGCUGAGAGAUGUGCUGAGUUGUAUGAUAAUCAGUGGACUGAUGCGUUUGACAUUCUCGACAAAUACUUCGAUACAGAAGAAAAUGUUAUAGGAGCCCUCUUAGAGAUUUUGCAGGAUACUAUGACUUUCUGCAUAAAAAGGGCACAUGAACAAAUGGAAGAAUUAGGACGUGAACUGAAAUUUGCGGACCAACAUGGAAAUGGAGAUGUAUCAGCAGAUGUGCGUAAACUCUUUAAAGAUUGCAGGAAGGCAGUAGCACCUGUUGCCGUUGGAAACCUAUAUACGAUGUAUGAGUCUCGUCUUAAACGGUCAACUGAUAAUUCAUUAAGAACAGCUUUAGAAGUCAGCUCAUACACAUCAGAAUGUCUUGAAAUCUGCUGGUUUAUGACGAUCCAAGACCCACCCGUUGCAUUUGCUCCGUUGCUUAGAAAAGGUUCAAGCUUUAACACCGACUUGUACAAACCAUAUACCAGCAGUGGGACAAACAUUGACUAUGUAGUCUGGCCUCCUCUGCUUUUACACGAGAGUGGUCCAAUUCUGGCGAAAGGCGUAGCUCAAGGGUACGGCAAGAAAUCAAAAAAGAGUGCAGAAUUUGCAACACAGACAAACAUGGGAUGCUGUAAAUCAAAGGCUAAGAAAUAUAAACAGGAACAAAAUGAUAUACAUGAUGGGACCUCUCAACAUGAUUCACCCUCUCCUCAAGAACCUCAACCGGAUAAUGUGAGAAGCAAUGAGAAAAUGGCGGUUUUGCCUGGCGGAGACACACAACCCUCUCGAACAUCUGUCGGAGACGGUGCAGCACAACCCUCAACUGGAGUGAAAAUAAACAAUGAUAGUCAAGAAAACAAAUCGAAAGUAACAGAACAUAAGCCAGAUAAUAGGAGAAGCAAUAAGAAAAUGGCGGUUUUGCCUUGCGGAGACACACAGCCCUUUCGAACGUAUGUCGGAGACGGUACAGCAGAACACUCAACUGAAGAGAAAAUAAAAAAUGGUAGUCAUGAAAACAAAUCGAAAGUAACAGAACAUGAGCAAGAUAAUAGGAGAAGCAAUAAGAAAAUGGCGGUUUUGCCUGGCGGAGACACACAACCCUUUCGAACAUCUGUUGGAGACGGUACAGCAGAACACUCAACUGAAGUGAAAAUAAAAAAUGAUAGUCAUGAAAACAAAUCGAAAGUAACAGAACUUGAGCAAGAUAAUAGGAAAGAAGAAGCAGGACCAGCAGUUAGUGUUGAAAAUACCCCGAUAACAUCUCAGAGAACAGAAUAUGAAAAGAAAUAUGAACAAAUGGGAGAACAAUGCGAAAAAACUGCACAAGAUGUUCAAAGCAGAGACAAAGAAAUACAAAAGCUACAUGAUGAUAUUGCUUCAAAAGAAAACGAAAUCAAAAGGCUCAAACAAAAUAUCAAAGAAGGUGAUACAAAAGAAAAAGAGUUGGCAGAACUUAAAUCAAAAGUCAAUGAAAUGACGGCUGUUGAAAAGAGGAUGCAACAAGAAAUCAAGAAUAAGAAAAGUGAAAUUAAAAAGUUAGAAAAAGAGGCUAAUGAGGAAGUGGCAGAUACUAUGGACAAAAUUGACACAUUAAGGAAAGAGAAAGUCGUUGCUCUUGCGAAAAAAGAUCAAGAAAUAAAAAAGCUGGAGGAGGAAAAAGACCAACUUCUUCUAAGACUGAGUGAAAUGGCAGGCAGGCGACUCACAGAUAACAAUCCAAAUAUAGCAGAUCUUAGCGAUUUAAACAGACCAACAAAACUGGCAGAAAAAUACGCGGAGUUGUAUGACAAUGAAUGGACUGAUGCGUUCUCAUAUCUGGAAACUCUUGAUGUAUAUAAAAGCUCUGACACACAAGUGAUCUAUGCUUUGAUGACAAUGCUUACAACUGCGUACAAAGUUUCUUGGAAAACAGCUGACCGACAACUAGAGACUUUACGCAGUCUUCUAAAUGAGUUUCACGGGAAUUCGACAAAUCGAAAUCAGCAAGUAAAUGACGUACUAAAACAGCUGAAAGAUCAUAGGAAAAGAGCCAUUCAACCUAGUAACGAACUUUCAAAGGAAUACAGAAUGGAGAUUGAAAAAGACUUACCGAAACUCGAGCCUAAGGUGUUUGAUUCUGAUGCUUUAAAAUCUUAUCUUCAAAGAUGUCUGGAGUUGUGUUGGUUGAUGGUUAUACAAGAUCCACCAGUUUAUUUGAAUUUGAAAGGCUCAAAGAAAAAAGAACCCUUCGAUAAAAACAUUUAUAAAGAGUAUACACAAUCUGGUCCGUUUGUAAAAUAUAUUGUUUGGCCGGCUGUGUUCUUGGAGAAGGGCGGUGCACUUCUUUGUAAAGGUGUUGUGCAAUGUGAUAAGGAGUUCACUAGUUCCCUUCGUAAACUAGAGAAAAAAGGCACAGAAAUUAGAAGGCACUCAUCUUCAUUACGUGUAUCUGGAGAUCAGCCUUUAACCGCAGUUUCUGCUAUAGUUAAAACUGGUCACAUCGAGGGCGUGGGAACAUAUAUCGCAACUGACGACAGCCAUUCCGAAAACGAAAAGAAACAAACAAUUGAGAGUACAGCUGCCACUGCGGACUAUUUACAAGGACAAGAAACAAAACUGUAAAAUUUUGACACAGAAUAUUACAUUUUGAAACGAUUGAUGACAACGUGUUGAUCUAAAAUAUGUUCAUUUAUUAAUACCCUGAAAAUGUAUGAAACCAAAUAUAUACAGAUGUAGAACGACAUAAUCAGAGCUAGAAUAUCUAAAGAACACACACGCACACUCGCACGCACGCACGCAAACACACACAUACUGUCUCUUUCGCACGUGCUCGCACAGGUACAUGCAAUUUUGAGUCUUUCAUUCGCUUGUAAAUAUUGCAUGUGAAUAAAAAGCAAUAAAUAUUAUUUUUAACUAAAUCUGAACAAUUAGUUUAUCUGAUCAAAUUUAGUUUCCAAAGUACAAACGUAUAUGUAACAAUAUAAAAUUGAAUGCGUUUCAGCAGUUACACAAGUUCAUUACGGAUUGCAGAAUGAAUUAGAUCUUUUUAUUUUA